AUGUCUAGAGAGGAGUUGACUGAAGUUCAAUCACAACAGACAGCGUCGACAUCAACAACUAAGGAGUCGCGAGAAAAUAUACCCACAAAUUCAACUGCUCCCAAAAAGACCGCGUCUUCGACUCAUUCAAGUUUUCAGGGACAACAAUCACAAAACGAACCUAGCUCGACAGCUGAUUCGAGCCAGGAGAUAAAGGCGAAUUUAGUUAGACGUCAGCGUGAGAAAAUGGAUAAAGACAUUUCAAUUCCUAUAAAUGCUUAUCAAGGCGUGUCAGAGAAAGACAUUACUACGACCAACAGUGUUCCUGAUGCGGAUGACAUCCCAUUGGGUGGCUCAAAGAACAUCGUUGGUAGCAGUAAUGUUAAUAAUGGCGUUACUGAAUAUGAUCAAGAAAAUGGAAUUCGGAAGCAGAGUGUCAACGGUAAUUCUCACAGUAUUCCCGCGUCCUCAUCUUCCGCUUCUAUCGCUGGUUCCAAUACGACCACCGUCCAGAACAAUUCUAACAAUCCAUGUUCUAAUGGUACCGGGCCAGCAUACGACGAAAUGCCUCAGAUGUAUCCAAAUUUGAAUGCCAACACUCCCUUCAUACCAGUUUCACCACAAUAUUUUACUCCUGCUUUUUUUUCUAACAAUGGACAAUGUUACUAUGAUCCUCAGUACAGAUUUGGUCGUCCUCCACAAAUACCACCACCAUCUGCUCAACAUUUCGUCAGAUCGAAUAUUUAUCCUUAUCACCCAAUAUCCGUUAUACCUCCUAUUCAUCCAUCUUUUCAGAACCCUCAUUUAGUUCCACCAUCAAUUCCUGUGAGAUAUUUUAGCCCUUCUAGUACUGCGGGUGGUGAUUCUGGUUUUUCUUCCCGAAGAAGCUCUUUAGAUCAAGUCAGAACUCCUGAUUUAGGUCCACAACACACUCCAAGAAUGAAUCAACAAAAGAAACCCAAACAGUUGGAUAAGGCCCUUUGGGUUGGAAAUUUACCGGAUUCUACUACUCAUGAAGAAUUGCAAACUCCCGCGGAUCUAAAGUUAAAAUCAGAAACUUCUUCAGAUUUGGCUUCAGAUCAUACUCCUCCUCCUACUCCUUCUGAAGCAGGUUCUACAGCUUCUUCUAGAUCACGAAGGUCAUCAUUACCUCCGCGACAACGCAUCAGACAGUCUUCAGUUGCUUCGAUGUCUCCUGCUUCGUCAGUUUCAUCUGCAAAACCUUCAUCAGUUAAUAGAUAUUUCAUUCUAAAAUCGUUGACCCAAGAUGAUCUAGAUAUUUCUGUUAAAAAAAAUGUACAAUGGACGCCAAUUGAUGAAGCGGCUUUAGCAGCUUCAUCAUCACGACCUUCAUCAGUCCAAGAAGAUAUAAAAACGAGAUUAAAAAAGUCUCAAGAUGAAGAGAAUGAAGAUUGUGAAGAUGAUAAUAUUCCAUCGAGAAAUUGGGGAAAUACUUUUAAAGUUGAAUGGAUUAAAGUAGAAGUGAAAAUUAGCCGAGAUGGUACUGAAGUUGAACCGAUUGUCGGUGAACGUUUAAUUACAGAAUUCCACAAGACACCACCUUCGACGGUUCCAGCACAAUAUAUGCCUAUCAAUGGUCCUCUAUUAACUCAACCGUUGAAUCUCGAUAAUCAAAGUGUUGAUAGUGACACUAAAGAUCGGAGAGAAUCAUUUUCCUCUCAAAGUGGUGCAUCAUCAUCAGUUCAAACUACUUUGCAACCAAUAGUGGAUCCAAACUUAAUUCAAAACGCUCAACCAACAUUCUUUCCACCACCUAGUUACUGGCAUCCCCAGCAUAUGAUAGUGCCUCCAUUUAGCACUGGAACUUCAGCUCCAGGAUACAUUCCUGCUCAACAAGCAUGGACAACACCUGUUCCCAAAGAUUCAUCAGGAGUCAGUCGUAUACAGCCACCUCAAUCAACAGGUGUGUCAUCAGUGAUGCCUUUGGAACAACAAUAUGUGGAGACUCCUGUUACUCAGCAUCAUUAUCCUUCAGCCCAUGCUCACCAAUUUUAUCCUAAUAAUUCUGGUAAUGCAGUAAUUUCGCAAUAUCAACAAGCACAACAUUAUUAUCGUAACUCUGAAGAACAAUAUCAAGCGACAUCUCAACCACACCAAGAAUCAAAUCCUGAAAAUGUGCCCUACCUGGUCGAUGAACAAAGAAAAGGCCUUGAGGCUACCACUACUGAGACUCAAAAUGCUAAUGAAGUUCAGUCCAUUCAAUCGGACGUGAAUGAUAAACAAGUGUCUGCACCUUCAAAGGCAGUCAUAAAAGCAAAGACUACUUCACCUACUUCUCCAGUUAAUAACAAGAAGAACGGCGCGUCUUCUAAGAAAAAGUCGCUUGAUCCUCAAGAACUUAAUAAUAUGAUUCAAAAUAAAAUUUCUCAACUCGAAACUGAAUCGUCGAUUGAAGACGAAGAAGAAAAAUCCAUUGCAAAGGCUGUUAAAAAGGCAAGCAAGGAAAUGAAAGAAAUUAUCAAUUCUCAAAAUGAUGAUCAGAUGGAGAAAUUUGAUACAAUACAACAAAGAUACAUGGAAUUGUUUCAAGAUAUGAAACGGCUUGAACGUGACUAUGCUAAAAUGAAGAAACGUAAUGAACAACUACAAAAAGAAAAAGAUGCAGGUAAGAAUCAAAGACAUAUUGAUAUGGAUUUUUUGCAAAACAUUUGUCGUGAAUUACAAAAGGAGAAUAAACGCAUUAAGGUUCGUGUUAAUUCUGCAAGUGAACAGCAAAAGCGGGAAGAGUUGUCUAGUAAAUUUGAAAAUACUAUUUGGGAAAUCAAGUCUAAAAUGGAAGAAGAUACCGAUGAAAAAAAAAAGCGUGCAGAAGAUAAUGAACUCCGGGAAAAGCAUUUUAAUAGCGUUGUUCGGUCCAAGGAUCUGGAAUUGCAAUUAUAUGAAGCAAAGCUACAACAACAAAAACAAAUGACUGAACAAGAGACAAUUAAAGUGGAAACAUUUACUAAAACUGAGAUCGAGCUACGUAAACAACUCAACAUUUAUGUUGAUAAAUUUAAACAAGUGGAAGAGACUUUAAAUAAAAGUAAUGAGCUUUUUAUGACUUUCCGUAAAGAAAUGGAACAGGAAAAUUCGGCAAUAAAAGGAAAAUGCGAUACAAUGAAUAAAAAUAUCUUAGAAAUGGCAGAAGAGCGAACUAGAGAUCAAAAGAUUAUUGAUGAUGCAAUGAAAAAACAAGCAAAAUUAGAAAAUUUGUGUAGAGCCUUACAG